AUGGAAACUGAACCUGAGUUCACCAAGGCUGACUCGAUGGGUGUAUCCAAUCUGGUCCGGCCCGAGCCACCGGGAAAGAGCAUGGACAUUAGCACGAAACGCGCACUGGAUCAUGCCCCCAAACCAAAGAUUUCCACCGGGGACACAGUUAUUUCUAUUGCUGAGAAACCACCGUCCCCACGGAGUGAUGAUGAUGAAGGAACGGCCGUGCUCGAGGAGGUAGCAGACCUAUGCCAUUGUCCACCCGAGGAUCUGGAGGACGUAUAUCCAUGUACCGCUCUCCAGGAGGGGAUGAUGGCCCUCACGUUCAGGGAUUCGACAGCUUACACCGUGGAAUAUGAGUACCGCCUACCGCGGGAUAUCGACCCAAAGCGCUUGCAGGCCGCCUGGGAACAGACAGCGGAGGCAAAUCCCAUCUUGCGCACCCGAAUAGUGUCAACGGCCAGGCAUGGAUGCUUGCAGGCUGUGGUACGGGGAGCUCUGGCAUGGGAGGAACAUCCAGCCGACGAGGAUGAAGUGCCUGGCGUCACAGAUAGUGUGUCCUGGAAGACAGGAGAGCCUUUGGCAUAUUUUAACCUCGCUCUCGCAAGACGGGUGUUGACAGUCGUCAUCCACCACUCGGUUUGCGAUGACUGGUCGAUGGCUCUGCUCCUGCGCGAGACUGAGAAGGCGUACCAGGGGGAAUCCCUCGUCAAGCAUCCGUUCAGACCCCUGGUUGAUUACGUGCAAGACACUCGAUCGAAGGCGGAGGAGUUCUGGAAGGAGAAAUUCCGGGAUGCCCAAAGGACUUCCAUGAGCACGUACCCUCCGCUGCCGUCUGUGGGAUACAUGCCCCAUCCAGGUCAAUGCCGCGAACGGGCAUGGGAAAUAAACCCGGAGUUGAACAGCGCUUUUACCGUCAACACCAAGAUGCGCCUUGCAUGGGCCGUCCUACAGUCCUUCUACGUCGACUCUAGGGACGUUUUAUUUGGCGCCAUCAAUGUCGGUCGAGGCGUCCCAAUCGCCGGCAUUGAGGAGAUCAGUGGGCCAGCAUUAACCAGCGUUCCUGUGCGCGCCCACUUGCGCAUGCAAGACACGAUCGCCAACGCACUCGUUGCGACACAACAGGAUUGGGCUGCGGGGAUGCAGUAUGAACAUGUCGGCCUCCAGAGCCUGUUGCAUCUAGGUCCCGGACCAGCGGCAGCGUGUGGAUUUCAAACAUUGUUGGCUAUGGAACCCCAGAAUGCCCACCAGGUCCCACAGAUGUUUGCACAGAGUCGCGCAGUACAGCGAACCUACGACCUGUACAGUCUGAUUUUACGGUGCCGGCCAUCCACUGCAAAUAUUCAGGUCGAGGCAUGGUUCGACCCGGUGGUCAUCCAGCCCCGACAGGUCGAGCGAAUUCUGGGGCAGCUUGCCCACAUUUAUGACCAGAUUGAACGGCUACCGAAGAUUUCUCUUGCCGAUAUUGAUCCUGUGAGCCCAGAGGAUUACGACGCUCUUCUUGGCUGGAACACUCCAACCGCACCCACUGCGUCGUCCCAUUCUUGCGUCCAUACUCUGAUAGAGCAAAGAGCGCAUUCACAGGGCGACGCCCUGGCGAUUCACAGCUGGGAUGGAGACCUCUCAUACCAGACCCUCGACGUGAUGGCAACCUCCCUGGCAGAAUCCCUGUCGAGGGACUUGGUGCGGCCGGAAACAUUUGUGCCUUUGUACCUGCAAAAGUCCAAAUGGACACCAGUCGCGAUGCUGGCUGUCAUGAAGGCAGGGGGGGCAUUUGUGCUGCUGGACCCUUCCUACCCAAUAUCACGAUUGCAACAAAUGUGUGAGGCGAUGCAGGCGCCCGUGAUUAUAACGUGCAAGGAAUUAUCUGAGAAGGCAUCUGGCCUCGGCGUCGCGUCCACUUUCCUGGUGGACGAUUUCGAUUUUAACACGCCACUCAGUCACAGAAGCACGCCGUUCGCAGAUGUAAGCCCUAUGAGCCCUCUCUACGCUACCUUUACCUCGGGCUCCACGGGGGCGCCCAAAGGUGUCGUCGUCAGGCAUCAAGGUUAUGCCGCGAGCGCGAUAGCCCAUGGCCCCCUGUACAACUUCCGCCCAAUGACUCGGGUCUUGCAAUUCGCGUCACCCGCUUUUGAUUCAUGUAUCAUUGAGCAUCUGAGCACGUUAAUAAUGGGCGGCUGCGUGUGCAUUCCUACGCAAGCCGAAUGCCACAGCCGUCUGGCUGCGACGAUAUCUCAAUUCCAGGUGAAUGUAGCUUGCUUGACACCGAGUGUCUCACGAAUCAUACACCCCGAGUCCGUACCCACUCUGCAUACCCUAGCACUUGUGGGUGAGCCGGUUAGAGCCAGCGAUGUUGCUCGGUGGGCGCCAUAUGCACAAGUCCGCAAUGCCUACGGCCCAGCCGAGUGUUCCGCUGUCUUCAGUGUCCAGCCAUGUCUCCUCCAGGAGGACCCCGCGAAUAUUGGCUUUCCUACCGGCGGGGUUGGCUGGGUGGUGGACCCAGGGGGACAUGAGAAAUUGAUGCCUCUUGGUAGCACCGGAGAACUGCUCAUCGAGGGCCCGAUCGUGGGCGCCGGCUAUAUCUCGAACCCUGCGCAAACAGCGCAAGUAUUUGUCGACGCCCCUCGUUGGCGAAAGAGACUCGGUCCUGUCCACGACGCUCCCCUGUACAGAACCGGCGAUCUUGUUCAGUGUGUCGCUGAUGGUAGCUUCCGAUAUAUUGGCCGGAAGGAUACGCAAGUCAAGCUGCAUGGGCAGCGGUUGGAGCUUGCGGACAUCGAGCAUCAUAUCCACGAAUGCUUCCCGGGAGCAGAGCAAGUCGUAGUGGAGAUGCUGCGCUCAGGCUCACAGUCAUCGGUGCCACAAAACCGCCCUGACGCUGUGCUUGUCGGUUUUGUAGCGGGAAAGGCAUCUCGAGGAGAAAAGUCUCCAGGGUAUGACUCCAUCUUCUCAACCCCGAGUGAGGAUUUUCGCGCCGCGUGUGCCACGGCUGAGAACCGUCUGUCCGAAGCCCUGCCGGCAUUUAUGGUCCCAGCCGUCUUGCUGCCAGUUCCUCGAGUACCCCUGACUCCAUCUGGGAAGAUGGAUCGUCGUUGCCUCCGCGACCAGGCGUCGCUAUUAUCGUGGGAACAGAUGCAGGCCUACCGCACAGCGGCCAAUACCCAACCGUAUCAACCAGCGAGUGCCCAGGAGGAGCGACUACGGGGGAUAUGGGCACAAACCCUGAACAGACACCCCGAGGAGAUUGGCGUUACAGAUAGCUUUUUCCGCCUCGGGGGCGACUCGGUGAGUGCCAUGCAGGCUGCCUCGGGGUGCCAGGCCGCUGGUUGGGCCAUCACGGUGGCGGACAUCUUCCGGCAUCCAUCCGUUCGCAAGAUAGCACAGAAAAUCGAGGAGGCGGGGGCGGACUCGUCGUUCUCAGCAGACGCCCAAGAGGACGCAACAGAUGUCUCGUUUGAGCUCUCCCCUGCCCAGCGCCUGUUCUUUGAGCACGUCCCGGGGGGCCAUCACCGGUUCACACAGCAGUUUCUGCUGCGCCUCACGCGCCCCGUAUCAACGGCCAAGAUCCGAAAGGCUACUAAAACUGUCGUCGAGCGGCACUCGAUGCUUAGGGCUCGCUUCCGCCGGCAGGACAACGGCCAGUGGGGCCAGCUUAUCACUUCGGAUGUUGGCAAAAGCGUUGCCGUCCGGGAGCAUUGGGUGCCGUCCAGUGACACGCAGUCUGAGAUCAAGCAGAUUCUAGGCGACAGCCAGGGCAUUCUGGACAUUGAAAAGGGGCCACUGCUGGUUGUGGACCUGAUCCAUGAUGAAACGGGGCAGGACCUACUUGGAUUCAUGGCCCAUCACCUGGUCGUUGAUCUGGUUUCGUGGCGUAUAUUGCUGCAGGACUUCGAGGACAUUCUCUCCUCCGGCCGUGCAUUGCAACCGCCUUCUGUUUCAUUUCAGCAAUGGUGUCGGAUGCAGCGGGAGUAUGCGCUGACCUCCAUAAACCCGCAAACAGCCCUAACUAGAGCCGUUCCCGCGGCGCCGCUGAGCUACUGGGGCCCUGAAAUAGCGCAGAACACAUGGAGCCAGACUAUUCAGGAGACGAUAUGUCUCUCCCCAGAAACUACGCAGGCUCUCCUUGGCUCCGCAAAUGAUACCUUCAACACCAACUUCGUGGAAAUCCUCCAGGCUGCGCUUCUGCAUUCUUUCGUCAAUAUAUUUCCCGACCGUACGUGCCCGACGGUGUUCAGCGAAGCACAUGGACGAGAGCCUUGGAACCCGCACAUCAACAUCUCUAGAACGGUGGGCUGGUUUACCACGAUGGCGCCCUUGGUCGUUGACGCCCACGCGGGCCAGGAUAUAUCGGAGACCUUGCGACUGACCAAGGAUAGCCGGAGGGCAAUUCCGGGCAAUGGAUGGCCGUACUUUGUAGCGCGUUAUUGCCACCCCGACGGCGGAAAGUCUUGCCCUGGGCAUGUCCCAAUGGAGAUUCUCUUCAAUUACACCGGCCUAUUCCAACAGCUCGAGCGAUCGAGUGCGCUUCUUCAGCUGGCGAGCGCCCCCGACCACGACUUGGUUCCUAUGCCUCCCGAUCUACCACGGUUUGCCCUGAUCGACGUGUCAGCGACCGUUAUGAAGGGAUCACUUAAUAUGACGUUCAUGUAUCAUGGCAAAAUGCAGCAUCAGGAUCAACUGCGGGAAUGGCGUCACACCUGUCAGCGAACCCUGGAGGCGAUGCCACAUGCGCUGAGCCAGCAACAACAGCUGACAGUGUCGGACUUGCCACUGCUGUCCAUAGAGACCGAUCAACAGCUCCAGGCCAUUCUCCAAGACACAGCUCACAAGUGCCAUAUCCACCCAUCGGACAUCGAGAGUAUAUAUCCCUGUACACCUAUUCAACUCGGAAUGUGGCUGGGCCAGUUGAAGGUCGCUGAUAUGUACUGGUCACGAAUACAGUGGGCAGUCCUUCCGUCGCGUAAGAGCUCGCUCCCUGUGAAUAUGGGGCAAGUCCAAAAUGCCUGGCAGCAAGUGGUGAGCCGUCACUCUAUUCUGAGAACAAUAUUUCUCAACGGUGUUGGUGGCUAUGGGAGCCCGGUGCAGGUUGUUUUGAAAUCCGUGGUGGCAGAUGUCCGCAUCCUCCCUGAAGCUGCAAGCGCCACAGACCUCGAUGCGGGCACCAGAGGAUACCAGCAAGACCUUACGAAGCCGGCGCAUUAUCUGCUGCUCCGGGCUCGGCAGGAUGGUAGGGUGUCCUGUCAGCUUACUAUCCAUCAUACACUGAUGGAUGGAGUGACCGGUCAAAUUAUUCUGACUGACUUCCGUGACGCAUACAAUGGACUGUUGGAUGAUACCCAGAGCACUCCGUACAGCUCGUACGUUGAAUACCUCCUAAGCCAUCCACAGGGCGGGUCCGAGCCCUACUGGAUGGAGUAUCUGACUGGUUCACACCCAUGCAUGUUCCCAUCGCUGCCAGCCCCAGGCCAGAGCCGGAAGCCAGCCACACUGCGCUCAGCACAGUUGAACCUCGGGCCUACCAACAGCCUGCUGCCAUUCUGCCACAAAUGGGGAAUUACCGUGUCCAGUGUACUGCGGGUUGCGUGGGGUCUCGUUUUGCGUGCAUAUACCGGGUCAGAGUCCGUGUGCUUCGGCUACCUGACCUCUGGGCGCGAUAUCCCUUUGCAGGGAGCCUCCCAAAUUGCUGGACCGCUAAUUAACCUGCUGAUUUGCCGACUGUCUCUCACCGGAGACCUAUCAAUCAUAUCUCUCCUCCAGGCGGAUCAAGCUACCCACGGGCGGAGUAUCGAGAACCAGCACUGGUCCAUGGCGCAGGUCAUGCAUUCACUGGGUCUUUCUGGCCAGCCGCUGUUCAACACGGCCAUGUCGGUGCAGAUUCCGGACUCGGACCCAUACCUAAAGAAUGGGUCCCCUGCCAUUUUGGUACCGGAAGGUGGGCAUGAUUCAACUGAGUACAACAUCACGGUCAAUAUUACAAUCGACGAGGACACGAUUCAUGGGAAUCUCACAUACUGGACGCAGACCCUUGGGGACGAGCAGGCAGACUUGAUUGCGGACACGUUCCAACAAUGUGUUUUACAGCUCAUGAACACUAAGCACACAUUUCUGAACGGCCUCGACUCCCUCGGGGCGAAGAGCGAAUCCCGAAUCCUGGAAUGGAACCGCGAUGUACCGGAGCUAUUGCGUACGUGCAUUCAUGAUGGCAUCCUAAAGCAGAGCCUCGCUCGGCCCGAAGCCAUUGCUGUAUCCGCCUGGGAUGGUCAGCUGGCAUACGGCGAACUGGACCGGAUCGCGUCAUCCUGGGCCAGCACACUUUAUGACAACGGUGUGCGUGCCGAGGUGUUCGUUCCUAUUUGCAGUGGUAAAUCCACAUGGGCUGUGGUGGCAGCCCUCGCCGUCCUCAAAGCAGGUGGCGCCUUCGUGCUUCUAGAUCCGUCGCAUCCUGCUGAGCGACUGCGGGACAUGGUGAAGAAGAACUUCGACUGCCCCCUCAUCCUUGCGUCGGCUGAAUUUGAGACACUUUCUGCGUUUAUUGUAUCCAAAACCAUUGUCAUUGACGACUUGGUCGAAGGACGAAAGCCGGGUACGCCCGUGAACCCAGUUCGAACGCCGGCUGGCUCACCAAAAUCGGCUGCAUAUGCGAUUUUCACUUCUGGUACAACAGGAACGCCAAAGGCAAGCGUUAUGGAGCACGGGGCCUUCUGUUCAUCUGCAGCAGCACAUAGCCAAGCCCUACACAUCAACGAACGGACCCGUGCCCUUCAGUUCGCUUCCUUUGCGUUUGAUGCCAGUAUAGUGGAGAUCCUUACCACUCUCUUGGCCGGUGGAUGUGUGUGCGUGCCCUCUCAAGAUGACAAGGAGAGGCGUCUAGCGGAGGCAAUUCAGGAGCAUCAAGUCAACUGGACACUCCUAACGCCCUCGGUUGCCCGCAUCCUCACUCCCAAGGAGCUCCCCAGCUUGAAGACCUUGGUUCUGGGUGGGGAGGCAAUGGCAGCUGAUGACGUGCAACGAUGGCUGCCACAUGUGGAACUCAUGAACGCGUACGGCCCGUCCGAAUGCUCUGUGAUAGCAACGACGCAGCCGAGGCCGGAAAAACUCAUGUUUCAGGGCGCGAACAUCGGGGAGGGUACAGGCUGCGUUACGUGGGUGGUAGACCCCGGCGAUCCCACCACGCUGGUCCCUGUUGGUGCGCCAGGUGAGUUGCUUCUAGAGGGCCCUAUCAUCGGACGAGGGUACGUGAAUUCUCCAGAGCAACAGGCGGCGUCGUUCCUCUCUUCCCCGUCCUGGCUGCGGCGCCUACGCGGCUCACGAGCCGAAAGACUGUACAAGACGGGUGAUCUGGUACGAAAUCUACCGGAUGGCUCUCUGCAAUAUAUCGGACGCAAGGAUACGCAGGUUAAGCUACGCGGACAGCGGAUUGAGCUAUCGGAGGUUGAGCAGCAUGUUUUGAGCUCCUUUCCAGGGGAUUGCCAUGAAGUUUUUGCCGUGCUAGUGACUCCAGAAGGGUCGACCUCGGAUUAUCUUGUGGUUUCGGUGGUGCAGGAAAUAUAUGAUCCCGAUGAAAGCAGCUUCUAUGCUGCAGCUGAAGAAACUAAACGUCGAUUGAAGGCGAAGAUUCCGGCGUUCUUGGUCCCAGCCGCCAUUCUACCACUACAGCAAGUGCCACGCCUGGUCAACGGCAAAGUGAACCGCGGCCGUAUCUGCCAAGAGGCCGCAAAAGCGCUUCAGUCUGUGUUGAAGGCUCAUCAAGCGCGAGACGCAUGGCGCCCUGAAGACCUGACCGACGAGGAGCGUUUGCUACAAGGUCUAUGGUCUCAGGUUAUAGACUGCCCAGCGGGGACAGUGGGCCCCAAGGACAAUUUCUUCCAGCUAGGAGGUGAUUCAAUUGCCGCCAUGAAGCUGGCGUCCGCGGCAUGUAGUGCUGGCUUUGACCUGACGGUUCCAGAAGUUUUUAUGAGCCCCCAACUCCAUGACAUGGCCCAGCUCCUUUCCGUUUCCAACCGGACUAACAAGAGCUCUGGCGUGACCGGGAUUGUACCGCUCUCCCUGAUCCCUCAGGAACACCAAGCGGAAGCUCGAGAGCAAGCAAUCUCGCAGUGUGGUAUAGCUGAGGAAGAUAUUGAAGAUAUUAUCCCUUGCACGGCGUUGCAGAGUGGACUCGCUGUCUUGACGGCUGAGAGACCAGGAGCCUAUGUAGCUCACCAUCGGCUACGAUUACCCGAGCAGGUUGAUUCGGAUAGAUUCAAAGCCGCCUGGGAGAAUGUCGCUGCCGGUAAUCCUAUUUUACGCACCCGAAUCAUUGAAACCGUUGGACUUGGGUUUGUUCAGGUUGUCGUGCGGAACCAGGUAUUGAAUUGGACAGCUGCAGACCAGCAGGGUGAUGAGAAAAUCAGCCAGGGGCUUCCCUUUGGGAAGCCACUUGUACACUUUAAAAUUCUUCCUACGUCCGAUAAGGCGCCUCCGUCAGUAGAUCUCAUGCUGACAAUGCAUCAUGCUCUCUAUGAUGCGUGGUCGUUGCCGCUCCUCCUCCUACGGGCUCAGUUAGCCUACCACGACGAUUCAUCCGAAGCACGAGCGAUCCCGUUUCAGAAUUUCGUCCAGUACGCCCUAUCGCAGAAAGAUGCAGCGCUUGAAUACUGGCAAGGUCAGUUCGAGGACGUAGACGCCGAGCCGUUCCCUGCAUUGCCGGCCCCGUCAUUCCGACCCCGGGCCCUACAAGUGAAGCGAUGCUCGCUGCAAAGCGGUCCCUUCGAGUAUUCCGUGACGCGCAGCACCGCCAUUCGGCUAGCAUGGGCUCUUGUACAAGCACAGUACCAGGGGAAGCAGGACGUAAUCUUUGGCAUGGUGACAACCGGAAGGACGGCCCCGGUCAAGGGUGUCGAAGCCAUAAGCGCACCGACAAUAGCCACAGUUCCACUGCGUGUGGUAAUUGAUCCUGCGACUACUGUUGUACAGGCCCUACAGAGCCUACAGCAAAACAUUGCCCGUAUGGCUCCAUUUGAGCAAGUCGGGCUGCCUGCAAUCGCGGCGUUGGGCACUAACGCCUCGCGUGCGUGUUCCUUCCAGACGCUGCUCAAUAUUGAAGGGCGAGAAGAGGUUGAACGGAUGGUCGCCGGGCUCGACAUCAUGGAGCCCGUGGACACCACCUUUGCGGACGGGGCAUUCAAUACGUAUGCCCUGCAUCUGACUGCCUCGUUAAAGCCCGGGUCGGUGACCGUUGAAGGCGCCUUUGAUGCCGCGGUUAUUCCAGAUUGGCAGAUGCAGCGCAUGUUGAACCAGUUUGCUUUCCUGCUGGAACAGGUGUACACCAAGCCCAACGCGUUGUUACGGGAGGUCAUGGCAGUCAACCCGCACGACAUGCAGCAGCUACAGGCUUGGAACGCGGAUGUCCGGCCUUUGGUCCCAACCACAGUAGCUGAGGUGAUCGACCAGCACUGCACAUCCCAGCCCCUUGCCCCUGCUGUAUGUGCUUGGGACGGCGAUCUAACCUACCAGGAGCUCGAUCACUUGGCUAGUGGCCUUGCGGAUGUUCUGGAAACCCAUGGUAUUGGCCAGGAAAUGUUUGUUCCCAUAUAUCUCGACCGAUCUCAAUGGGUCGUGGUGGCUGCCAUCGCAGCCCUCAAGGUUGGCGCGGCAUUUGUAUUAUUGGACACGUCUUAUCCAUUGGGACGACUCCGCACCAUCUGUGAUGAGAUUCGAGCGCCUAUAAUCAUCACUUCAGAGUCACGCCAGCAGGUUGCGAGGACGCUGGUCAACCAGGUGGUCGUUGUUGGCAAAGUAAAUGUCUCGACGCCUACACAUCCGACGCACCGGAAGUCUUCAGAACAUAAUCCUCGCCAUGCAUUAUAUGCAGUGUUUACAUCUGGUUCGACUGGGAAGCCCAAGGGAGCUAUUGUUGAAAACGGAGCCUUUGCGACGAUGGCUGUGUCAUAUACUCGCACCGUGGGGGUUGAUGCCCAUUCCCGCGUCCUGCAUUUUGCGUCAUACGCAUUUGAUGUCAGUAUCCUCGAGAUACUGGGCACGCUGUUUGCUGGGGCUUGUGUCUGUAUCCUUACCGAAGCCGAGCGCAAGGAAGGACUUGCCAACGCCGUCCAAACCCUCCAACCGUCCCAUACCAUAUUAACUCCAUCCCUCUUGCGUGCGUUGACACCAGCCGACCUUGGCCCAAUACGCACAAUCAGUCUGAUCGGUGAGCCCGUCCGCGCGAGUGAUGUUGUCCAAUGGGCAGAUCGCGUGCACCUGAUAAACACCUACGGACCGGCUGAAUGCACUGUUGUAUACACCGUGCAACCCAGGGUUCGCAUCCCGUCUCAAGCUGCCAAUAUUGGAUACCCUAUUGCCGGUGCCAGCUGGGUGGCUGAUCCCAGGGAUCCCAAUUGGCCGGUUCCUAUCGGCGCAGUUGGUGAACUAUUGUUACAAGGCCCAUUGGUCGGACGGGGCUACUUGAAUAAUCCGCAGCAAACGGCCGCUGCGUUUAUCCCUUGCCCAUCCUGGUUGAGACCGUUUGGUUCAAGCAACGACGCGAUGAGCUCGAAGGUCUACCGCACUGGGGACUUGGUCCGGUAUGAAAGUGACGGAUCUCUUUCUUUCGUCGGACGAAGAGACUGCCAGGUCAAGCUCCGGGGCCAGCGCUUUGAACUUGGUGAAGUCGAAGAGCAGGUGCAACAGGCUUUCCGUGGCACCUUGAAUGACGUGGUGGCUGUGAUCGUUACACCUACUGGCGCCAUAAAAACCCCUUAUUUGGUAGCAUUCAUUGUCCCCGAGCACCCAGAGAGUGCUCCCCAGACCUUACCUUCAUCAAUACCGCCGCUGGCCGUGAUUGAACCGCCUGGCUUUGCUAGCACGUCGUCCAAGGCCCAACGGCACCUCGAAGACACACUACCGAGCUACAUGCUUCCAAGUGCGAUCAUUCCACUUCGCCGUAUGCCGCAAACAAUCGGAGGAAAGCUAGACAGACAGCAGAUGCAGGAGGCGCUGUCAGGUGUCGCACGUCAGGAUUUGGCGGUAUUUUCUCUAACAGGCACCAAGAAGCGUUCUGUGUCGACAGAGGCAGAGCGCAUGCUGCAGCGCAUCUGGGCCCGCGCCCUCGGCCUCCCACCAAGCAAGAUCGGGGUAGAUGAUAGCUUUUUCCGCUUGGGCGGUGAUUCCAUCUCCGCUCUACAGGCGACAACCCAGGCGCGCGCCGUGGGAAUCGACCACUCGGUAGCGGAUCUCUUCCAUUACCGCACGAUCGUGCAGGUUGCCCAGCGGUUUGCUCAACAUCCUCAGCAAAGUAUACGCCCGUCCCCCAACGUGGAAAUAACAUUGCCUUGUACCCCGGCACAGAGAGGGAUUCUUUUGAGUCAGAUAAGAGACCCCACCAGCUAUGCUCCCCAUUUCAUAUGGAGGGUACGGGAUGAUGCUUGUCACGAUCCCGGUAGCCCUACAGUCGAUCUGGAUCGAUUAGUUACUGCAUGGCAUCAGGUCGUGGCUCGCCACCCAGCUCUUCGAACCGCUUUCCAACAAGACCUCUCAAAUGACGGCCAGUUUGAGCAGGUCGUGUUUCGACAAAUUCGACCACGCGUCAAUCUCAUCCGAAAUGUCCCCACUGCAGACCUCGUCGACGAGAUCCCCACUGUGCUCACGAGGCUGCUUCCGACAGUGAGCCAGCUGGACGGUGAAACGAAUCCCCAUCAGCUCACCGUCUGCACCACUGACACUGGCGAGGUUUACGCCCGGCUGGAUAUUAGCCAUGUGGUAAUUGAUGCAAUUUCCAUGGCGAUCCUAGAGAGUGAUCUCCGCCAGGCUUACGAUUCUUCGUUACCGUCAGGCGCGCAGGGUGAUGCGUACCAGAACUAUGUGGCAUUAUCUCAGAAACAGCUGGCCGGUCCUGCCUACAAAUACUGGCAGACGUAUCUUGAGGACGUUGAGCCAUGCCGGCUGCCACUCGAAAGGUGUCAAGGUGACAACCAAACUGCAGGCACCUUGAAACAGCUUGAUAUUUCCCUUUCUAACUCUGGGGCUGAAAUUGACUCCUUUUGCCGUGGAACUGACUGGACCGCCUCCAGCCUCCUAUAUUUUGCGUGGGCCCUCACGCUCCGUGCCUUCACCAGAUCCGAUGAUGUGUGCUUCGGUACUCUUACAUCAGGACGAUUGGUGCCUGUGGAUGGCAUCGAUGGGGCCGUCGGGCAGUUCUCGAACAUGUCCGUAUGCCGCAUACACAUGGAAGGAGGCUUGACCAUGGAUGAAGUUGCGCUCUGCUUACAGGAGGACUUCUCCAACGUCCUCUCUUAUCAGGCUUUCCCACUCAUCGAAAUUGCACGAGCGGCUGGGGUCCCCAUGGAGGACCUCAGUUCAACCGCGAUCAAUGUACAAUACGAACCGCCGUCAACCCACGAAAAGACGCACCCACUCUCCCUAGCACCAGUCAGUGCAAUAGACCCUAUUUCGCAAGACGUCACCGUCUAUAUUCUCCUGCAACAAGAUGGUCGCACCCGGGUGUCCAUGAGCUACCGUCCAUCGAGUGUAUCUCCCACAUUUGCCUUGCAGCUUUCCGAGUAUUUCAACCUCGCCGUUUCGUCGUUGCUCCAGGGCCAUGGCGGUAAAGUUCAUGACCCUGAGCUUCUGACCACUCGCGAUCAAGACCGUUUGCUUUCGUGGAAUGCGCCCUUACCUACUCCUCCAGAUACCAUGGUGCAUGAGCUCAUCGAAAUGCGCGCGCAGGAACUUCCGGCGCACACUGCAGUCUCCGGGUCAGACGGUAAUUUUACCUACAAGGAGCUUAACCGACUGGGAACACAGAUAGCGGCAUCCCUUAGGGAACGCGGCGUGUAUAAAGGGCAAUGCAUCCCACUCUGCUUUGAAAAAUCACGCUGGGUUCCUGUUGCAAUCAUAUCGAUUCUCAAAGCCGGAGGAACCAUCGUGCCACUGGACCCUACCCAGCCAGUUUCCAGGCUCAAGGAUACCUGCAAGCGGGUGAACGCUACUCUAGUCCUAUCGUCUCCAGAUCAAGCGUCCAUUAGCAGAGACCUCGCGAGCGAUAUACUCGAGAUUGGGGAUGCCACGGUCACUCAUCGCGGGGGCGAAAGCGAGCAGGACAAGAAGACACCUGGCCGAGCUGCUACCCCGUCUCAACCCGUAUAUAUUCUCUUCACGUCAGGGACUACCGGUACACCCAAGGGUGUCAUGGUUUCCCAUUCUUCCUACUGCCACGCAGCGGAGAACCAUAUUCGGGCCUUCGGGCUAGACCGCACAUCUCGGGUCUUGCAGAUUUCUUCGUACUCUUUCGACGUCUCUAUGAUGGAAAUCCUCACCACGCUGAUGACCGGAGCGACCGUCUGCACUAUUACGGAGUCUGAGAAGAGCGACAUGCUCAUGAAAGGCGCCUGCCCAUUCUCGGUUUCACAUGCUUACUUGACACCAUCCUUGGUCAGUGCACUGGAUUCGAACCAUUCACACUGGAUAGAGACACUUGUACUCCAGGGAGAACCGAUGACAACCUCUCACAUCACACAAUGGGCUGAUAAGUGCCGCCUCGUUAACGCUUACGGACCGACCGAGUGCGCGGUAAUCAACACAGCGACAUUUGCCUUGGCCCCCGGCGAGGAUGCACGUUCUAUAGGCCAUGGUUUAGGCAUCCACUGCUGGGUGGUCGAUCCGCACGAUCAUAAUACCCUUCUGCCAAUCGGAGCCGUGGGCGAGCUACUUCUGAAUGGCCCUGCCGUGGGCCAAGGGUACUUGGAUGAGCCGGAAAGGUCCCUUGAAGCGUUCAUCGAGCCCCCGGGCUGGCUGCGGGCACGCUAUGCAGAGGGCGGAGGCCAUGAUAGACUGUACAAGACAGGUGAUCUCGUCCGAUAUGACACGGAAACCGGCAGGAUCCUGUUCGAGGGCCGCAAAGACCGGCAGAUCAAAGUGCAUGGGCAGCGGGUCGAGCUCGCCGACAUAGAACACCACACAUGGCGAUGCUUCCAGGGGGCAAAGGAGGUUGUGGUUGACCAGGUCAUGCUGCCCUGGGCUGCAACCUCUGCGGACUCGCCUUCUCGCAAAUCUCCGAUGGUCCCUCGCCUAGUGGCCUAUGUAUGGAGCGGCGUACACGAGAUUGGACUUGGCCUUGACCUUGCCUGCCCUGGUAACCGGUCAGCCAAUGUGCUCCUCGCCCCAUCUGUGGAGUUUCAUACCAGCGCAGCCACCGCCCUUAAAGACCUUCGGGGGCUGCUGCCCGGCUUCAUGGUACCCGACAUAAUCGUCCCGAUCUCGCACAUUCCCCUGUCCAGUUCAGGGAAGACAGACCGGUCGCGACUCCGUGAGCACAUUCGCGCCGUCCCAGCUGCGGAUUGGCACACGUAUUCCAGGAACCAGCAGAAUAAACGUCCCGUGGGAGGAGAAACAGAGAAAAAACUCCACAAAAUUCUCACGGCCGUCCUAGACAUACCAACCGAGACCGUGAGUGCAGAUGACAGUUUUUUCCUACUUGGGGGCGACUCCAUCGUCGCCAUGAAGAUCGCCGCCAGGGCCCGCGCAGGAGGUCUUGCCAUCAACUCGCACGAUAUCCUGCGCCAUCCAACAAUCGCUGAGUGGGCUGUCAUUGCCACCUCUGGUGAAGAAGUGUCGGCAGCCGCCAGGUCCUAUGAGCCUUUGUCCCUUGUCACAGAGAAACAACGACAACAAGUUCUGGCUUCCCACUUUGACAGAGAUCACCCCUACGCCCAAGACAAUGUUGCAGAUAUUCUGCCCACCUUGGAUUUCCAAUCUUUCUACACCACUCGGUCAUCUCUGGUUUCCAUGGCGGAAGUGUUCCCUUCUCCCCUAGACAUGGCCCAGCUAUAUCGGGCCUGCUCAAAAGUAAUGUCUCACUACAGCAUCUUGCGGUCUAUCUUCGUCAGUACAGAUGAACGAGUGCUUCAAGUGAUCCUACACCAAGUGGACCCUCAAUUCCAUUUCGUUGAGUGCGGUGAUCCAGAGGCCUACGUGGCCGAAAGAUCCAAGGAGAAACUUGAAGCCACCACAGAACAAGGGGAGCUUCAUGUCAGUUUUACGGUUGUUACCAGCAGCACACGUCCAGCCUGGGCUUUCAUCGUUCGCCUGUCCCAUGCACAGUAUGACGGAUCCUCCCUCCCAUUCCUGUGGCAGGCCAUUGCUGCAGCCUACGAGGAUAAGCAGCUUCAGCAGACAACCCAGUUCCGCGAGGUGGUCUAUAAUCGUCUCGCAGAUGACCAUUCAAAGCCGCUCUCGUUCUGGAAAGAUUAUCUCCAGAAUGUGUCGCGAGAGAGUACAGACCCGUUGGGCAUCUCCUCGUUCCCCAGCUCUUCGAAAAGUGAUACCGCGCCGCUCACAAUCCGCCGAGAAAUCGACCAACAUCCCCGAUUGCCUGAUAUCACGGUAGCCACUCUGGUCAAGGCGUCCAUCGUAUGGGUUCUCUCCAGGCACUCUGCCUUGUCGGAGAUUGUACUGGGCCAGGUGGUUCACGGGCGGGGAUGCCCUCUGCCGGGAAUGGAAACGGUCCUCGGACCAUGCAUUAACUUUCUGCCCAUCCGAGUCUCGAUCGACCAGACUUAUACCAUCGCCGGUUUCCUGCGCCAUGUCCAGGCCCAGCAGCUAGCGACCAUCCCCCACGACUACGUGUCUUUGAAGCAUAUCGUCAGCAAAUGUACCAGCUGGCCCGAUGACACAAGGUUGGGCUGUAUCGUUCACCACCAAGCUGUUCAGGCUAGUGGCAGUAUCGCAAUCAACGGCAUUCAAUCUACCUCAAGUGCCAGCUGGGCUAACUCAACGCCGGUGCCAGGUCAGGUCGGUAUCAUCUCUAUAGAGCGUGCCAGCUCUCUGGACUUGUACAUGACUUUCCCCGCCGAGGGAAUCGCGAAGGCGGCCGCGGAAAAAAUAGCAGAUGACCUUGCUCAUACUAUUCAACUCUUCUCAACAUUCCCAGACUGUUCUCUUGAUAUCCUUACACAGGAUGGGGUUGCCGUCAGUCGAGCUACAGUGCCGUCUGGCCUCUAG